AUGCAAUGGCAAAGUCUCAUAGAGAACCUGCGGAGGCCUCGGCCUGUGGUCGACCCUUCUCGGAUCACAGAAGUGGAGCUCAGGCCAAAGAAGACUAUAGUGCGUGGGAGCAUGAUUGGUCACGGAGACUACAUCUCCGCCAUGAUCAACGAUAUGAACCGCCUGUCUGUGACAAGCUCAAACUCUCUGAGGAAGAGCAGCCCCUCCAAUCGGAAACGGGCCCAGUCUCUGGGUCGUCUUGGGGAAGAGAAUGAGUGCGACACCUACCAGUACGAGAGCUUAACUCAGGACGAGGAUGAUGACAAUGACGCUCAGGAACAGUGGAAGGACAGGGCCCGAAACAUUCACAGUGAAACUAACACACCUUAUCUAGAUAUGAGCAGUCCUCAAGAGAGAGUCAUCUGGAAGAGGGAGAUCUUGCUGCCCAGAGGACUGCCACCUCCACCCAGGCCCGUAGCAUGUUUCUACAAUCCUGAUAUGACUGUUCAGCAGCCUCCACAAUACCCAGAGCAACCAACUGUUGGUUCAGAACUGCGACCAGCACCCCCCAUGUACAUGCACCCUCAAAACAGCCCAGGGAGGCCCUUCUCAUCCUAUGAUCUGAAAACAGAGACGUCUGUGAGGUACCACUCCGGCUUCCUGCCCACUGGCACGAGCAGUCCUCUGGUGGGGGGUGGCAUCAGGCCCCAGAGGACAGUGCGAUCAUCUGCGAGCUACACCCUCGGCCUGUCUCCAAACAUGGGACUGAGAGCGAAUGUCCCUGAGCCAUUUCUAAGACAUUCAGGUUGCCCCAACCCGCCUUACCCUCUUCAGGAUAGUCCCUCUCAGCCUCGACCCUCUCCCACGGGCUCUCUGGCCACGAGUCCACUCAGCACCUGCUCACCUGCCUUCAGGGCGCCUCAGCAUCCCAUACCCCGGCCACCCCCUGACCCACCCAAAGUCACACAUGAACAGUUCAAAGCAGCCCUGCAGAUGGUGGUGGACAAGGGAGAUCCACGCUCUUACCUGGAAAACUUUGUGAAGAUCGGAGAAGGUUCUACUGGGGUAGUGUGCAUUGCCACAGAGAAGCACAGCGGCAGACAGGUGGCAGUCAAGAUGAUGGAUCUGCGGCGGCAGCAGAGGAGAGAACUCCUAUUUAAUGAGGUGGUAAUCAUGAGGGACUAUCAGCACAGGAACGUGGUGGAGAUGUUUAAGUCUGCCCUGGUGGAGGAGGAGCUGUGGGUCAUCAUGGAGUACCUGCAGGGAGGAGCGCUCACCAACAUCGUGUCUGAAACCAGGCUGACGGAGGAGCAGAUUGCCACAGUGUGUGAAGCCGUUCUGCAAGCCCUCGCCUAUCUGCACUCACAAGGAGUCAUCCACCGGGACAUCAAGAGCGACUCCAUACUCCUGACACUGGACGGAAGGGUGAAACUUUCCGACUUUGGAUUCUGCGCUCAGAUCAGUAAAGACAUCCCUAAGAGGAAGUCUUUGGUCGGGACGCCGUAUUGGAUGGCUCCAGAAGUCAUCUCCAAAUCACCAUAUGGCACUGAGGUGGACGUCUGGUCUAUGGGUAUAAUGGUGGUGGAGAUGGUGGAUGGUGAGCCUCCGUAUUUCAGUGAAACCCCAGUGGCGGCAAUGAAGAGGUUGCGGGACGAGCCAGCUCCCAGUGUGAGAAAUAUCAACCAGAUAUCUCCAGUCCUUAAAGACUUCCUGGACCGCAUGCUCACUCGGGACCCCCUGGAACGAGCCAGCGCCACAGACCUACUGGAGCACCCAUUCCUGCUUCAGUGUGGCUCACCUCAGUGCCUGGUCCCCCUGGUGGAGCAGUACCGCAAACGCAUGUCUCGCUGCUGA